AUGUUGCGUACUGGACGGGCGGGUCGCAAAGGUUUCGCCUACACUUUUCUUACUCCUGAUCAAGAACGUAACGCUGGUGAUAUUGUUCGCGCAUUUAAGCAGAGUGGUCAGAAACCUCCAGAGGAAUUGUUAAACAUGUGGAACGCUUACAAGAUCCGAAUGGAACAUGAAGGCAAAAAAGUCUACGGUUCUUCAGGUUUCCGUGGCAAAGGAUUCAUGUUUGAUGAAGUGGAAGCUCAGUUAAAUAGUGAAAAACGUCGUCUUCAGAAGGCUGCGCUUGGCCUACAAGAUUCAGAUGACGAAGAUGGUGAUGGCAAUGUCGAUUGGGAUUCGAAAAUUGAAGAUAUCAGUGCAGUAGAGAAUACUUCUGAAAUUGCAGAAGUUAGCGCACAGGCUGGUCAGGCGGUUGUAAAUGCGGCUUUGGCACUCGCACGCCAGAAAGCUGCUCAGUUGGGACUUGUCAAAAAUCUGACUACUAGUACUCCAACAGUAUUGCCAUCCACCACAACUGUGAGCGCCACCACUGUCAGUGAGUCCACUGCUGUUGCUACCGCUACAAUUACCGCUGCUGCUAUACCUGUGCCUCCAACUCCUACAAGUCGCACGUUGGCUGAACAAGCUGCUGAACGCUUAAAUGCUAAACUUGGUUACACCAAACAAGCAUCAGGUACUGGUGAUGAGGAGAGCGCAACUCCUAACACUGCUGCAGGAAGUGACAUGGUUAGACGAUAUGAGGAAGAACUAGUUAUCAACGAUUUCCCUCAAAACGUCAGAUGGCGCAUCACUGGUCGUGAAUGCUGA